UUGCUAUAAUGAAGCAAAGCCAUUCCUAUAGGCUAUUGGUCUUCUAUUUCUAUGAGACUUCAAACGAAUUACAUUGCUACAGCACAGAAGCAGCGAAAAGUAUUUAUUUCAAGCUUUUGUGCUUGAAUGUAUUAUAAGGGGGCUUGAGUUUAUUAUACUGUGCGCGCAAUGCAUUGGGAAAUCUUUACUGUUGGUGUGCCACCGGAAGAACAAAAACGGUGUUGCUAGGACACGUUAGAGUAAACAAAAAAAGUGUAAUCUAGCAUUUUUUUGCUAAUGCAAAUUAGCUUCAAAUCUAUUAAUUUAUAUUUAACCAGAGAAAUGAAUUUGGCUGGGAAAAUAAAGGAACCUGACCCCCUGAACCCAAAAGUCUUGCUAUGGGCAGAUGUAAGCUACAGUGACAUGGAGGAAAUUGAAAACACCAAGGCCAUACCGGAGCUAGAGAGGUCUCUAUCCUUGUUUGUGGCCACACACACAAAAUCCCGGACAUUGUGGUUAACUGGUUACUUUUUACUCAGAACUCUAUGCUGUGUGCUGGGAGUAAACAUUCCUGAGCCAAGGAGGAGAGUCCUGCUGGAGCUCUAUGUCCACACAGUGCUGUUCUGUAGAGAGAGCAACUUCAACAGGGAGCAGACAUCUGUCCUCCUCUCCAUCGUCAAGAGCAUGCAUCAGGCUAACACUGAAACUCCACUCAACAAUAUGGGCCAUUGCUAUGCAUACUGCAGUGAACUACUGCUCUGUCACUCUGUCAGGAGGCCUCCCUUCAGUAUCAGCCUGUUCAGCUCUGAGGACGUGACCCAGAUCUUGAAGUAUCUCCUUAACACCUAUUUUAGACAUUACAAUCUGUACAAGUACAUAUUCACCCCUCAGGUUAGAUUGGAUAUGUCUUUUUCCUACUCUGGCAUGCCAGACGAAGACCCUGUCACUGAGACAGUAUCAUCAGAUGGGUACGGCAAGAAGGAAAACGAGCCAGAGACGGCAGAAGGGGAGCAGCCCAUUGAAGCAAUGAACACAGGUCCAGAGGUGGCUAAUACAGAUCCAUCGCCCAAGUCAGAGUUGAGGACGAUAAUACAACAGGAAAUGAGAGAGGAGAUGAUACAUAUGUCAAGGCAACUAGAGCAACGAUUGAAGGAAAGUGCAGAUCGGCUAAAUAGUGCACUUACUUCACUGGAGACCAAUCUCCAAGGCAAAAAAUAAACAUCAACGCCUGAUUUUUA